AUGGGUGACACUAUUCAGCUUGUCCUUACUCAUGGAGGGGCGAUGAAUAUGUUGACUGAGGUACCACAAUAUGUUGGUGGAGUUAGAGAUGUGGUAAAUUGUGAUCGCGAUGUUCUUUCAUACUUUGAGAUUGUGAAGACGCUAAUAGAAGAUUUCGGGUACUUAUCGGUGGAAAGAGUGUGGUACUUAACCCCGGGAGAAAGCAUGACAAGUGGGUUGCAUGAAAUAUGCACCGAUGCUGAUGUUAUUAAUGGUUUACUAGGAGAUGCGGAGAAAGGAGAGUUGGUAUUGUUCUUUGAUGCCACGAAAGAUCUUGGCGAGUUUGCAGAGAACUAUGGACAUAAUAAUGAUGGCAGCGAUGAUGAAAGUGAAAACUCAGCCAUAGAAGAGUUUUUGCGCUUAGAUGAUGAUGGAACUCAGACAUCUGAUGAAGAGUAUCAUGAAAUUAGGGCCAAUGUACGUCGUUUGAGAAAAGAUACUAGAUUGAAAUACUAUGGAACAAGAGAAGAUGUAGAUAAGAUAUUUGAAGAAGACAAUGAGCCAAUUGAUAAUGCUGGGGAUAAUGGAAAUGUCAGGAAGAAGGGAAAUGUAAUACCAACUUAUGAUGGGAAUUACAACUCAGGGAAGGAUGGGAAUUACAACUCAGCUGCUAGUUUGGAGGAGGAUGUGGAUGAAUUGUCUAUGGAGAAAUAUCUCUUUUAUGAUCCAAAUUGUGAUCAUGAAACUUUGAAUUUCAUAGUUCACAUGCGAUUUGCUAGUCCUAAGCAAUUUCAGGAGGCGAUAAUCAAGCAUUCAAUUGCAAUUGGCGCUGAUAUUAGAUGGAUAAGGAGCAGCGAGAGAAGAAAAGAAGCUGUAUGCGCCAAUAAGUGUGGGUGGCGAGUUUAUGCAAGUUGGUUUGGCAAAAGAGAAACUUUUAUGGUAAAAGGGUUUGGAAUUGAACAUAGUUGUCCCCGUUCACUUCACAAAUUGCGUCAGACCUAUAUUGGGAAGCUGUUUACUCAACUAAUUAUCCAGAUUGGAAGGCUGCCACGGAUCAAAUGA